AUGAUGAAACUAGUAAAGAGUGAAAUAAACUGGUUUCUAAGUUUACCUUUACACCACUCUACUCAACAUCAUAGAAUCGAAAAAAAUUCAGUAUUUUUCAAUUUUCCCCAUGUUAAUAAUAUUUAUUUACUAGUUAGAUUUAAAUUAUAUAAAUUUUCAAUGGCAACAGCAGCUGAAGACCAGGCCGUUGUGGACUUUCUAUCAAGUUCAAGGGAUAAAAUUUCCGAUUUCAUUAAAAAACAUGACUCUGAUCCGAGACUUAAGGACUUAAUAAACACGUCAAGGGAAAUUAUGGAAUGUGUGAACGAAGUUUCUAACUUUUUGAAUCCUUGCUUUUCUCCCAAUGCUGAAGUCUCAAUUAAGAAGUAUGAGGAUUGUGUUUUUAUUAAUCGCGAUGUGGGAUCAGAGAAUGAAAUUGCUGAGCUUUUACAACAAAUUCAAAAUGAAUCUUCUGAAUUUCUAACAUUUUUAGAAAACUUACAAGUCACUUUCAACUCACUAAAUUUAGUAUUGGAACCCUCAGCUCCAGAAACUGACGGUGGUUCAAAUACCUUGACAAAGGGGAGGAUACUAGAGUUAUAUAAUGAGAACAAGCAACUAACAAACGAGAUCAAUAGAUUAAACUCUGAAAUAAUCACAAACGAAGCUAAGUUAAGUGAACUCGAGUCUAACAAGAAACUAUGUGAAACCGAGCUAUUGAAAUACGACAAGCUGUUAAAAUCGACGCAAAAUUUAAAUAAUCAGGAAACUCAGAAGAAAUUACUAAUAUAUAAUAAAUUAUUAAAAUAUUUAGACCCAAAUUCAGUUUAA